AAUGUUUAAAGUGUUAUACAUAAGAAAUGCAGAUCCAGUUUUCUUCACAGAGUUGGAUGACAGAUUAUAAAAUUGCUUAAGAAAAUUGGGAGUAGAUGUAACAUAGGUCGAAUUAGAAGAUCUAUAUUUUGAAUGGGAAUCUGGAGUAAUCUUAAAUCCUAAAUAUAUAUAGAAAAUUUCUUUCUACAAUAAAGGAGAUUUAAUAGAGUUUGAUGGUGUUAUGAAUUGGGGUUACAUGAGUCCUAAACAUAUGUAGGACUUUAAUUACUUCAUUGAAGCAGUAGAAAAUGCUGGCAAAGUUACUUUGCAUUCUACAAAUGCUGAAAAGAUCUUAUAAAGCAAAUUAUUAUAAGGACUCAGAUUUGCUAAGCAUGGAGUACCAAUUCCAAAAAGUAUGGCUGCCUUCACAGUGAACACAAUCAAAUAAACUGUUAGAUCUAAUUUUGCUUAAUAAGAAAGAGGGGUUGUAAAAGCCUUAGAUGGAUAUGGUGGAGAUGGAGUCUAACUAGCUAGAGGACAAGAUGAAAUCAUUAGCAUGGCUUCAAAGGAAGUUUGGAAAAACCAUUAAUCAGUGAUCUAGAAAUUCAUUCCUGAUUCUAUUGGAAAAUCUGUAAGAGCACUCUGUAUGAAUGGCCAACUAAUUUUGGCUUGUGAAUUUAGUGAUACAGGAUCUGUAAAACAUUCUUAAUAUUAUAGGAUUUUCGAUCAAAUAAUGGAUAUCAUGAAUCAUUGAAAUUAGUCAAUAAGAUGGAUUAAUUCAAAAGAUAUGAGGAAGUUGCUCUUAAGGCAGUUAAUGCAAUUGAACCCAAUUUAACUAUUGGUGGAGUUGAUAUAUUAGAUUCAGAAUAACAUGGAUUAUAAGUUUUGGAAGUUAAUGGAUGGUCAGAUCUUUGGGAUUCAGAAAGAAUAACUGGAAUUGAUACUUUUUAAAAGGUGGCAGAAAGCUAUUUAGCUAGAUUAAAAAGACAUUAUCAUAAGGAAUGAU